AUGACGUCGCCGAGAGAAAGCAGUGACGUCAUAAAUGUGAAAGAUGAUAGAGUCAAGAUAGAAAAGGAACAGAAGGAUUUAGCUGAGCUCCCACCGACCGGGACCUCUUUGCACAAGCGACGGAGAGGCGAACCACCGGCUACUCUGACCGUUAAGUCUCCGCAGACGCCCUCGGACGCCGAAGGUUCAUCACCGUGCACCGCAGGUCCGACUCCAGAAGAAUCUUGGGGUAUUCCGGACGAUACGGAAGUCGACAACAUUUGCGACCGUAUGCUUCAGAGACUCAAGGACAAAGACGAUCCCGCAUCCAAUCGAGGGAAAGAGAUAGCGCAAAAAACUAAAGACACAUUAGAUGCCCUCGACCACCUGGAGAAACUAUUACAAUUGCUAGACCAAUUCGUCCACCUAAAAGAGAAAAAUAACAAGAUUUUAAGGCGACUAAACGAUGUCAACAGUUUGAAACGACUACACAACGCGUAUAAGAACAUAAGCAGGGAAAAUGAAAUGCUAAAAGAGGAAUCCAAGGAGAUCGAAGUGAUAAAUGAGGCGUUGGACGCGGGCUUAGAUUAUGGUACACUGUUUGAUACCAUUUUGGGAAGAACGAUGAAACGGUCCGGGUCAAAGUGGAAGGGACACGGGAAGUUUGGUGGUUCUCUGCUUAGGAAACAGCGGUCGAGGUCUGCAGGAGGGGAGGACACAGAUGUGCCUUUGGGGAUGCCGCUAAGAAGGCGGUCUGACGGCGUCUUCUCGAAACAAGUAGAGAAAUCUAAAGUGUCCAACUGGACUAGAGUUAAGGCGGCUUUUAAAUGGGAGAAAGCUCAAUGGCCAAGUUCAAGUAUCGGUGGCGUUGCAGCUGUGUCGGCCGGCGCCAUGGUCGGCGCUGUAGCUCUGACUGGAACCUCUCCAUCUUUAGCGGGCUUGCCCAACCCGGAACCCAGAGACUCCGCGAGCUUGACUCCGGGGAGCGCUAUGUCCUUAACCCCUAAUUCCUCGUGUGAAGAACUAAGACUAGAUUCAGGAAUCAACAGUAAGAGCGUAAUACUUAGAUUAGAUGAUAUUGACAACUCGUACCUGCAUGCGCCGACGCAGGACGAUAGUUCCACGUCGCCAUCCCCAAACAAGCUGCACAAGAGUCGUUGGGGCAAAAUGAGGAAUAUCAUUCAGACGCACAGAGAGUCUGUAAAGAAAAAACGAGCUCCGAAAUCCCCAGACCUGGUGCCAGGAAGGAGACGGUCCUUCAGUGAUGGAGGUGAUAGUGACGCGCCACCAGCGUUGACGCUGACUAUACCUUCGUCUGAAGAACUUGAAUCCGAGGGCGCCCACCCACUCCUGCGCAAACAGCGAUCAUUAGAACUAGGCGCCCGCCCACCGCAGCACCGCCCGCCCAGAGACUCCAAAUGGAGUCGCGUGAAGCGAGCCUUCCUCACCAAUUCAGCAUCUGCUUCUGUACCUUCCAGUCCGAGUAGACAUUCAGCUUUCUUCACCGAUCCAGGUUAG